AUGGGCUCAAAGUAAUCUGCUUCAAGCGAGUACAGAUAAUAAAGAAGACUUAGAAAACUCUCUCAAGACUUAUCUGCCUCAAAUUUCUUCUUAUAGGAGGUUGCUUUGAAUUCUGAGCUAUCCAAAAGAUAACUCAAGAGAACUGUCUCGCCAAAACAAAAUCAAUUACAAACUGAGACAAGCAACUGCCAAAGAGAAGAGAUGGCUACCAACACAUAAUCUUAUUCAAAUGACGACUCUCAUUCUCAAUCCAAGUAUUCAAGUUUGUUAGAUGCAUCAAGCAUCUCAAAUCUAUCAGCAUCUCCCUUCACAGAACUUAAGCUGAUCCAGGAAAAUGAAAACUUGUCAGAAAAUGAGCAGCCAAUCGAAGAUAAAUAUAUCAAAGAAGAAUUCACUACUUUCAGAUAUGAAUAUCCCGCAACCGAAGUUGAAAUAGUCUUCAUAAAUAAUGGAGAAAUCUAGUUCAAGUAGAAACUUAGCUAGGUCGAGAACAUUUACGGCCAAAUAAUGUUUGAAACACACAUUGAUUUAUUACCAGGAUACUACAAAUAUUACUACUUAGCUGAUGGAGUUUGCAAAUACUCCCUAGAAAUGAAUCAAUAGACUCUUGAAGAUAAUCUCAUUACUACAACUGAAGAGACAACUACAAGAAACUAACCUAUGCAUAGAGUUAGAGUCGUCACUAAGCCAUCCUGCUUGAAGUAGGCUACCGCCGCCUGUUGCGAAGCCAAGUUAAAGCCUAAGCCCUUUAAAAGAGUUCAAUUUAUGGAUGAUGAUGUCGCAAGGCUAGGCUCUGAUAUUAUUCCCAGCUAUGAUAUUUGUAGCUAGGUCCCUCAUGUUAGAGAUAGUCAUUUCAGCUCCUCGAGAAAGAAAGUCCUUGCAAUCAAUCAUCCAUAAAGUCCAAUGAGCUCUCGGAUUUAAAGAAAUCUUGCAAAGAAAUUGAAAAAUUGGUUAAAUAAGAUGAAAAAUGGUCAUUAUGUAUCUAUAUUUGAUUUGUUCAGAAUAGAUUCCUAGAGCUUUAUCAGAAUGAAUUGGAUCCUUAGCAAUCUUGCUAGAGUCAAUAAAAUCGUGAAGUCCCCAAUUCUUAUUCAAUUGGAGCUUCGCUUUUUAUUUUCCUUAAGAACUUAAAAAUAAUCAUUCAUGUCUAUCUUGUCUAAUAUAACCAAACAUCGAUUUUGA